AUGAAUUCAAAAAGGGUAUCCUUCGAUCUAAUGAACCUGGGACGUCCCGUUCACACCGAUCCCUUUGAGAUGGAUCAUAUAGACAGCCAGGAGACGGGUCUAACGGAAACAUAUAUCAAUACACUUUUGCCCGAUAAGUUACUCAGAGAGAAGCUGGUCGAGGAGGCUAGGAAAUAUCAUACCGAUUUCUUUGUGAGGGAUCCAUCCAGUUCGGAUGAAUCGGAUGACUAUGCCUUCCCGGAGACAGUAAAUGAGCAAGUGCGACGGCUGUCCUUCGCCAAGCGAAGGAGAUUCCAUUAUACGGAGUUUGCAACUGUGGAAUUAGCCCGACGGCUAAUCUGUGACGAAUUUGCCUCGGAAAGCAGCAGUUUGAAGAGCGAGGAUAGUGCCUUCCGGUCCGAGAAGGUAGAGGAGGAGUGUUCACCGUGCUGGGUCCAAUCGACGGAAUCCUAUCCCUUCCUACAGUAUGAACGGAACACAGGUUUGUCGCAGGGAUCCGAUGAAAGUGCUCUCAAGGAGGAUCCAGAACCUGGGUUUGAUCCGAGCCAUCCUUGCUAUCGAAAGCUCGUGGGGCAACUUAGUUGGCCGGCCUCACCGAAAAAGGAAGCCACUCCAACUGCAAAUGAGCUAAUCACAGCGGUUCAGUCGUUAAGCGCAUUUCUUCAGCCAAGGGACGUCUCACAUCUGAAAAAUACAGCGACAGAUGUCAAGGACUUGCAGGAGACACUGGAUCGGCAUACCCGGGUCCUGGAUAAGGGCGGAAAGUGGGACCCACAGCAACCAAAUGAGAACCUAUUCAUGCCGGAUACACCUGGGAAAGGCACCCGUGCUCAUAGUCGAGCGGGAAAACCCGGAAAACCAGCGGGAUUUCGUUCUGUAUAG